CCGACGUCGGACGGCUGACUCGAAAAGAAUCAUAUCUCGUCUCUUUCUCCUCCAAAGAUCCUCACCUUCUUUCCCCGGUUCCCAUUCCUCAUUGACGGGAGAGGAUCAGAGGAUCUGCGCUUGCUGUCUGCCUGUCUCCCGUCACAGGCCAGCUACGGAAAAUGGCUUUCCGGCGCGCUUGGACGCUGUCCUCAGCGUCUUCGUCUUUGACAGCGACCUCCGCGGCCACGUCGAAGACCGCUGCCGCCCUGCCGCGCUUCACAUCCAUCAGGUCUUCUUCCAGCUCGACGUCUGCACUUGCAUACAAGGCCCUGCACCGUCGUGCUCCUCUCCCGCUUCCGGUUCAGGACUCGUCACCCCAGUGGGAUGCCCCCGCUGCUGUGUCGUCCAUCCUGUACGAGACACCUCUUCCUCCGACGAACCCUCCCAAGCGCCAUAUCCUGAACUGCCUGGUUCAGAAUGAGCCCGGUGUGCUCUCUCGCAUCUCCGGAAUUCUGGCUGCCAGAGGCUUUAACAUUGACAGUCUGGUGGUCUGCAACACGGAGGUGGAGGACCUCUCGCGCAUGACCAUCGUUCUCCAAGGCCUCGACGGCGUUGUUGAACAGGCUCGUCGCCAGCUGGAUGACCUCGUUCCUGUGUGGGCUGUGCUCGACUACACCAAUGCCGCUCUCGUGCAGCGUGAACUGCUUUUGGCCAAGGUCAGCAUUCUAGGCCCCGAGGUCUUCGAGGAGCUGCUGCAGCAUCACCGCGAAAUCACUACUCCCGAGGACGGCAGUUCUCGCCCUGCUCCAGAGGGCGAGGCUCAGAGGCGCGAGCAGCAGAAGGUUGCGGGAUCUCUUGAUGACACUUCUGAUUUCCACCCGCGUCACCUUCCCCCUAGUCAGGCUCUGCGACACAAGCACGAGCAUCUCGACGCUAUCACUCGUCUGACACAUCAGUUCGGCGGUAAGGUGCUUGAUAUCAGCAACAACAACUGUAUCGUUGAGGUUUCCGCCAAACCCUCUCGUAUCGACUCCUUCCUCAAGCUGAUCGCCCCCUUCGGUAUCCUGGAAUCUACGAGAACGGGUCUGAUGGCCUUGCCUCGUUCCCCUCUUUCGGAUCCCAACGAGGAGGUCGAGAAGGAGGCCGCUGACGUUGUCGACGCUAGCACUCUGCCCCCUGGUUAAAAAGCAUGUGUCAAAUAUUCAGAUAUCUUUCUCUUUUGUAUUCAGCAACUAGUAAUUCAUGCCGGGGAUAGAUCCUUCUGUUUCAUCCAUGUCUCGUAAUUUCCACCUAGUGUAGGAACUCGGACGGUUAAGCGAUCGAAUACGCCGAUUUUGUAGGGUCUCUCGGCUGUAGUCAUUCUUUCGAAGACCCAUUUAUCUAUCGAGUAUUUCCGUCUGAUAAACCGCCACAACACUGUAUCCAGUACAUUUGGC